UUUUUUAAUAUGAAAGUAUGUCCCUUUACACACUCAUCCAGAAGGGUAAUUUUGCACAAGGCCAUCUGUCUACAGCAGAAAAAAAUAAAAUAACAAAACGCAUCUGGAAAAAUCCCAAGUGAGUCUGGAGCCAGAUUCGCGCCAGCAGGCUGCGAGAGCUUGGAUGGUUUCAGUGCACAGCCUGUGUAGACCAAGUUUAGCAGCUAGUGAUUUUGCAUUGAAAUAUGGAAUUGUCACCUGAGCGCAAUGUUACUUCAUCUUUGGAUGAAGAAUAUAAUGAUGUCAGAAUGAUUUCUUACCCUAGCAACAGUCAACUUGUGAAUUGCUGAUUUUCUUGGUCUUUUUCUCGGCUCUGCUUCGGUCCUCGGCUUCUGGGUGUCUCGCACGAAACGCUCCCAUUUCUCUCUCAUUGUCCGGUCUUUUGGAAAACGAUGAGUACUAAUCCCAUGAUGGUUGGUGUUGCUACACCCUCCUACGAUACAUCUCAGUGAUUCUUCAGAUAAGGGACAAAACAUGUCCGAGAGAUGAAACUCAUUUUUGUGGUUAAAUAUGUAAAUAAAAUAUGUCACAUAAUUAUCUUAAAUAAAAAACAAAUACAGAUUUGCACUAUAAAGUAUGAUUUAAAGGUUUUGUACACAUAUAUUUUAUUUUACAUGAGUGAAUGUGUUACCAGCACCGUAAAUAAACCUUGUCCGAAAGCAGGUUUCAUAAUUUCUUAACACUUAAAGAAUUGUUUAAAGUAAAAUAAAACAAACAUCAUAGCUACUGUCAUCAAGUAUUCUAAUUAAUUAUUCAAACUGUACACAAGUUUACAAUUUGAGAAACAUUUUUGUGUAAUUUUUAAGCGAUUGAAGUCAUGUCCAGAGUUUCUGUCAACACCAUAAGAUUUUUCAAAAAUUAGAAAAAAAUCAGGCAUUAUUGUGGGCAGCUCUCAAUCUCAGGACCCCUUUACACUUCCUGCUUGAUACACAUGCCAUGAGGCCACUGCUCUGCUAAGUGAUGUGUUAUGCUACUGUGGGGAAUGAAAAGGCAAGCGUCACAAAACUAGUGGCUCGACAGCAUGCAGCUAAGAAGACUGGCCGGGCUCAGGUGGUCAACUGCCAGAUGAGAAUCAAACCCACUUCUCCUCUGGUGUUAAACGCCAAACCCAGAACGUCUCUCAGGCAGCCUGAAUACCGGGGUCGUCAGGGUCGAGCCAGCGGUCGCACAGGGAUCAUGAGGGAGACGCAAACCGAUGGGCGAGGCAGUAAAAUCUACAACACUCCACCAAACACACCCAGCAGAAGGGGCAGUCUGACGUCUGACAGAUCAGAUAAAAGGAUGACCCUGCCAUCCAGAUUCCAAAAGGAAGUGCACACUCACCUGUCUAGGAACCCUCAGCAGAGCCACGCUCCUUCAAACCUUAAUGAAAGCAGCCCUCCAAAAUCCCGGACACAAUUAAGUCCCUACAGUCCCAAACUGGUGCAGUCCCGCCUCAAAGAGGUUCUAAGCAAGCACAGCAAUGGCUUCUGGGUGUCUAAACUUCCACAGUUAUACCGAGAGCUAUACAAAGAAGAGCUGCCCAGUGAAGCCUUGAAAGAUUUGGAACAGUGGAUCCAUAUUUGCACUGUCGAGAAACCAUGCAGUAGCAAAUCUCAGGAGCUACUAUUGUACCCUGCCAAGGAUGUUAGCCAAACCACUAACGCGUAUAGCCUUGCAAUGACGCACACCUCAGAUAAGCAGGUUCCAUCACCUCCAAAGCCCCAGAAAGUGUGCAGAAAACCUAAGAAUUAUGCAUCAAGCCCACUGGCAUCCCCCAAGGCUCUACCUGAGGACCUCAAACAAAAUCUAUCAGAGCUGCUGCUUAAGUACAGCAGUGGCUUAUGGUCUCAUGCCCUCCCCAAACUUUACCAGGACACCUACAAGACCAACCUGCCUGAGUAUGUACUUGACAACCUGCCCUUGCUCUCAGAUAUAUGCACCAUUGACUUCCCUGUGCCAGACAACCCCAAAAGGGCAAUUCUGUAUGUGAAGGUGCUGGAGGAUGAAAACUGUAAUCGAACAGACUCGGCAGACCUGAAGGCGAGAGAGGAGGCAGGGAGACGUCUCAGUUCUCAAUCCGUGCCGCCUCUGCUUAUUCCCAGGGAGGAGUACCCCUCAGUACUGGUGGUUGAGGCAAGCAGUACUAACAGUGUAAUUCUCAGAUACAUAGGAGAGGACUAUUCCAAGGCCCAGGAAAAGCUGGAGGAUGAUAUGAAGGAAUUUUAUAGACAGGAUAACAGCCGGAAGCCACUGAUCUCCUUAUCAUCAGGCCAACUAACUGCAGUCAUUGCUGAAGAAGAGGAAGAGAUUCUCCGGGCACAAGUGUGUGAGGUCAAGUCUGAUAAAGUCAAGGUUUAUUAUGUGGAUCAUGGCUUUUCUGAUGUUAUUAGUAAAAGCAAGCUGCUUGAGUUGCAUGAGAAAUUUUUCAAACUGCCUUUCCAAGCUACCAAAUGUAAAUUAGCUGGCCUUGAAGCUUUUGCCGUGGAGCCAGCAGUGCUGAAAAAAUUUGAGUCCAUGGCAAAUGGUAAAAUCCUACUGGCUGAAAUCCUAGAGCGAGAAGACGUUCCUUUGAUGGUGCUAUAUGACACGUCGCAGGAAGAUGACAUUAAUGUCAAUGCUUCCUGUCUGAAAGUCCUGCAAGAGAAGUCUUUAGAGAGCCCUCUGCAGAUAAACGGUGCCUACAUGAAUGCGAGUGUGACCAGUGUGUGUUCAGAUGGGUUGUUCCACUGCCAGCUGCCCUCUCGUGGUUUGACCAAACUAGGCGAAAUCCUGGAGAAGGCAGAAAACUACUUCCACAACCAGGUCACAUCCGAGUCGCUGGUGUCUAGACCCUUCUGUGGAAAAAGCUGUCUGGCUCGAUACAAAGGCAAAUGGUCUCGAGCUGAGAUAACUAACCUGCAUGGUAGCCGGGUGUUGGACAUCCUGUUUGUGGAUGUGGGGGUGCAGGCAUCUGUCGAAGUCACUGAGCUGAGAGAAAUCCCGCACACUCUCUUGCGUGACCUUGUCACAAUCCCGCCUCAGGCAGUGAAGUGCUGUUUGGCAGACUUGCUCAUCAGUGUGGGCUGUUGGACUCCAGAUGCAGUGCAGUGGCUAAGAGACACAGCUCUCCAUUGCAGUAACUGCAGCUUGAAGAUUGUUAAAGUGGAGGAGAGCAAGCGCCUGGCCCACGUCUACCUUUUUACCAGUAAGAACUUACACGACCCUAGCCACAGUGUCAACCGUCAGCUUGCCAACUCAGAUCUCUGGAAGCACCAGGACGAUGUCUUCCUGAGCAGCCAAGGGUCUCUGAAGAGCCCUACUCGAACUACAUCAUCAUCAGAUGCACCUCCCAAAGUCCCCGCCAAUACACCUACACCCUCUACUGGUGCCUCCAGCCCAAGCACCAAUGGAGCAGGCAAGGCUCCACACCCACCUAAGAGAUUGGCACCCCAUUUAGGUUCCUGUAGCACCCUGUCUGGGAGUCUGUCUCUACCACCUGUUCUUGGGCUCCCUCAAAUGGGACAGAACAUGGACAUUUAUGUGUCAGUCGCAUGCCAUCCAGGCCAUUUUGUGCUCCAGCCAUGGCAGGAUAUGUACAAGCUGGUCGUCUUAAUGGAAGAGAUGAUCCUGUACUACAACAAGACAGACGAGAAGCCACUGACAGUGGAAAAGAACCAGGUCUAUGCAGCCAAAGUGGAGAACAAUUGGCAUCGAGUGCUUGUGAAAGGAGUUCUGAGCAAUGGCCUGGUGUCUGUUUAUGAGCUAGACUAUGGUAAGCAUGAGCUGGUUAGCUGCACUUUGCUGAGGCCCCUCAUCCAGGAGUUUAGACAGCUCCCUUUCCAGGGCAUCACUGCUCAGCUGGCAGGAGUGAAGUCCAGGCAGUGGUCUGAAGAAGCUUCCAUUGUAUUCAGGAACCAUGUGGAGAAAAAGCCAAUGGUGGCACAGGUGGAAUCGGUGCAGGAGGCAGAACAGCCAUGGGACCGCAAGCUCACGGUCUACCUGGUGGACACGUCUCAGGAGGACAGUGACAUCUGGAUCCAUGAACUUAUGGCUGAAUUUACAGAUGAGCUCACCAAAGCAGCGUAACAGCUUGGGGUAUUUGUAUGUGGUCUUGGAAGAAUCUGGAAAUGCUGCUUGUAUUUGAUUUGAACCAGAGUGUGGAGAUGCAUUUAAGUUUUAGAGUUUAUUGCACUAAAAGAUGAUUAAGAUUAUUUAAUAUCGUCAAACAUAGCUGCAAGGUGAAUGAUACACUGUCAAAUAACUGAUCAAUGGAAAAAAAAUAAUAAUCCAACAAGGAAAACGCACAUAAACUUCAGAUGUGAUAUUUAAAUUGUAUUUAAGAUACAAUGACAAGAUUAUUCAUUCAUCUUCAGUAAGCAGUUCAUUUAUCUGGGUCACUGUGGAUCCUGGGAACAUUGGGAGUGAGAAGGGAAUUCACGCUGGAAGGAGACGUCGGUCCAUCACAGGGUACCACGCACACACAGUCACACACUCAUUCACGCCUAGGAGAAAUUUAGAGUUGUCAAUCCACCUUCCAGCAAGUUUUUGGGAGGUGGAAAGAAAGAUUAUUUAAUUUGACUGUCUAGUUUACCACAGGUGUAAAACCAGGUGACUAGGGUUUUUUUUUUUCCCUUUGUUAAGCUGCCAUUCAGAAACCAGAAGCUUCUGCAUGGUUAACUCGUCUCACGCAGUUAUUCUCAACCUGAACAACAGAAUUUACAUGAUAAAGUAAUGAAUGUUUACCAUGUUGACCAAGCUCAAUGGAGUCUGACAAAAUUGUUUACUAAGCUAGUGAAUCAUUCCAUUUCUUCCUGAAAUGUGACAAUGCUCCACAGGUUUAACCAAGGCUUUAGAUUUUGCCUCUAUUUAGAACUUCCUUUUCCUAUUUAAAAAAAAGUUUGCAUGGAAUCUGUGGGUUUCUGCCGAAGUGUGACCAUCGUGGUAUGUUUGACAAUCUAAGGCUACUUCCAUAGCAUUAGUGUGGCUUAAUGGCUGAGUUUUAUUUAGCUAAAACAUGCAGUGCAGAUUCUUUAUGAACAUUUAAAAUUUAACACUUCUUGAUAUAUGAACCAUAUAACUUGGGGUUAACUGCACCUGAAAAGAGUUUGAUAAAUAAAAAGUUCAAGAAGAAGAA